GACUCAGAUUAAGCUUCUUGAGUUUCUUGUCUUUUGUUAAUGCAUAUCUUAGUAUCUAAAAGGAGAUUUAAAAUUAGAUGAAUUUAUAAUAUAAAAAGGGAGCAGAUUCUCUGCAGAAUUGGUAAGGGAAGGAAUGUCUGGAAAACACUGACAAGAAAAAGAACAGAACUGUAGGACUUGUGCUAAGACAUCAAGGAAUAACUUUCAUGGUACUAGAGUUAACUGUAAAGAAGACAGGGACUACAGGAGAAGACAGACAUUGGAAGAUGUUGGAUUUGCUACUUUAAGAGGAAAAAACUGGCGCGUUAGAAGAUUAGUGACAGGCCAAAAACAAGUCACAAGGCUGAUGCCCCCACCCCCACUGCUGAAGAAAAACAUCUUGACUCACUCCAUAUUCCUGAAGAUUCUCCUUCUUGACAGGAUAUGUGGAAAAUAAUGGCACAUGAAGAGAGAUGGGAAUUAAUUCCUGGAGGCGAUGGAAAAGUGCAUUUGGUUGACCUGAAUCGCGACACUGAACAUCUUGCUGUAAGUGACAGUGAUGUGUCUUUCCGCCUUUACACACAGUCAAACCCAACAAGUCCCCAGUAUGUGACAAUUGGAGAUGCCUCUUCUCUUGGUCCCUUCAGUGCUUCACGUCCCACAAGAUUUGCAAUUCAUGGGUGGCUAGCUAGUGAGGACAACUUAGUGGCAAUACGUAAUGGUUGGAUACAGGCUGGAGAUUACAAUGUAAUAAUGGUGGAUUGGAGAGGACCAGCAAGCAAUAUUUUGUAUGUACCAGCUCGUAAUGCAGUGCCAGAGGUUGGUCAGAUAGUUGCACGUUUCAUUGACUUUCUGGUGCAGCAGGGUGCUAAUGCUGGUAAUAUGGAAGUUGCUGGUCACAGUCUGGGAGCACAUGUUGCAGGAAUAGCUGGAAACAGAGCUGCUGCAACAAUUGGAAGAAUAAUUGCUAUGGAUCCUGCAGCACUACUGUUUGGAAGCACAGCAGCAGCAGAUCGUGUUGAUUCAUCAGAUGCAGCAUUUGUUGAGGUCAUCCACACCUCAACCUUGGGGUGGGCUGAUCCACUUGGUCACGCAGACUUUUUUCCGAAUGGUGGUACAUUUCAGGAAGGCUGUUCUGCUGUUGAUUUGGAGUGCAGUCAUAAUCGAUCCUAUGAGUUGUAUGCUGAGUCAAUCACAUCUUCUGCUUUUGUCAGCUAUCAGUGUGAUAGUUGGAAUAAUUUUCAAAAUGGAAACUGCAAUGGAAAUGCUCAAGUGGCAAUGGGUGCUCCCACCCCACCUGGGACAACUGGAACAUUCUACCUAAAAACUAAUGGCGCACCUCCGUAUGCCCAAGGAUAAGGCACUCAACUGUGGUGGUCUACAAAACCAGGAUUCUGGCUAUUUUUACAGCUGAUUCUAUUCUCAUUUCUACUCUCAUCUGAAUCAUCAUGUGAACUAAAAGAGUUGAAGGAGGCUUCUAAAUAAAGAAAGAAGUUACUUCUCUUACC